AUGAGAGCUCGUGCAUGGAGAGUGGAGGCUCCACCUCUCUCGACCAAGCGCGUGAUUACCCUCGUCUGGAUGACAGUGGGGCUGCUACCGUUCAUGCUACAGAUUCGAGGAUACACCCAGUUCAUGACCCCGCACAAGAUUUCUCUUCAUCUGGUCACACCGACUGACAUCGUUCCCAGUACUGGCGACCUACUCCAACGAUGCCCCGUGAAAGAGCUCUACAUGGCUGGAGCCUGGUGGAAUAUCUCCCCAAUACACUACUUUCACGUCGAAAAGGGACUUCUAUGCCACUAUGUCAUGCCCCAGUAUAACGUCCACGGAAGCUACUUUCUCGGGUUCAACAAGGCGGAGCCCUACAAAACCACACCAGCCAACUGCGCCAACGACAGCUACCCCUUCGAAAGCUACUUCUACCACGGCAGCAUCGGAUAUUACUCCUUCUACAUCGAGGGCGAGGGCACCCUCUGCGCGCUCGACAGCACAGCCUACGACAUCGUCAAAGCCGUCGGCACCUUCGACAUCAACGGAUCCCGCCUCGCCAACGACAAGGGAGAUGGUUUUUACCGGAAAUCAUACUGGUACGGAGUCACCGGCGCGCUGUGGAUCGCGUACCGCUUCUGGGUGAUCCGGCGCAGCUUCGUGUCGUGCAAGCGCUUCGUGAGGCGUUGCAACCCCGCGGACGAGCGCAUCAGCUUCCAGGACGCCUUCGUCUUCGUGCAGGAGAGUCUGCGCUUGUCGGCCCACGGCGCGAAAAACUAUCAUCGACUACUGCUGCUGUUCGCACUGCUGGAUCUGGGCCUCAUGAGCGACCUCUUCCAGCUGAUCACUCAGGAAGGAUUCAUGGGACGCAUACAGUCCAUCUCGCUCGGAUACAACCUGGCCGGCAUCAUGUCCACGCUGUUCGAGAUGGUGGAGACCAUGGGCUGGAUGAGGGAGAAGACGCGCUGCUUCGUCAAGCGGCUGCUCUUCAACUACGAGACGGCCCUCGUCGGAGAACUGCUCACGGCCGCGCUUAUCCAGUUCUACCUGACGUCGCUCAACCGGUCGAGUCUGCGGCAUACCGAGGUGGAGGCCAAGGCCGUCUCGUACUACGUCAUGAGUCUGGUUGGUCACGGCUGCAUCGCACUAGGCUGCGUGCUCGUGAUCGUGCUCACUCGGUUGACGGGGACACUCUGUUUCGUGUGGUGGAAGUACGGCGGUCUCGCUCUGCUCACGAAGCCCUGCUCUGUGGAUACGACGCUGGGGGCGCGCUCCAAGUUGAUCUCGCUGGCCGGGUACGUGUGCGAGGGUGGCGUCCUGUACUACAAGGUGAACACGCUGAGAGCGUUCGGCAUCUCGAGGUUGACGGAGGAGGACGGCAGCGAGUUUCUCGUACACCCGAAGUUGCACUGGUUUACGAUUCCGCGCGAGUGUUUGGUGGUAGUCGGAGUUGUCUCUGGUACGAAUGUCAACGCAUGCGAGGAGCGUCCGUGUACGGGUGUGGUGAGUGCGUUCGACCGGGUGCUGGGCGGCAACGUUGAGUAUAGUCGGAGAUAUUCGGGUAAGCCUUGCCUAUUGUUUUGCGCUAUCAAGUUUGAUUUCGUUGCUUGGAGCUUACGUAUUUCAUUUGCUGUUAUUUUGGUAGCUUAUGGGGUGCCACAAAUAAAAUCAAGCGUUGUUGAGGCUGCCCGCAAGAAAAGUGGUCGCAGAACCAUACCAACAGUCUAG